UUUGUAUCAAAUAUAUUAUAGAAAGUUUCUUUACCAUACUUUGUGCCAACAAAAUCUGUUACAAUUAUAAAUGACUUGGAAAAGAUAAAUCAAAAUACCCAUCGACCAAAUAUGGAGACCAGAAAUUUUCAUCUUUUCUUCUCAAUAUUUUUGUCUGGAUUAUCAUCAAGUCAUGGAGUUGUGGUUGCUUACGAUCGUUUCAACAUAACCGAACAGUUCAGUGAUUACCCUGCAGAGUUUGGGACAAGUGUUGGACCCGAUGGACUUGAUGGCAUACUGAUGGCAGCUGAACCCCUCGAUGCUUGCAAGCCGGUGAAGGAACGUCCUUACCCUGCUUCAACUUUCAUGCCAAACAUUACGUUUAAUGCAUUUGCUCUCGUUAUAAGAGGAGGCUGUGAUUUUGCUCUUAAAGUACUAAAUGCACAAAAAGCACACUACAACAGCGUGAUUGUAUACAAUGAUGUGUCAAACGAUAUUGUGCGCAUGAAUACAAAUCAACCUGAUAUUGCCAAUCAAAUUGUGAUACCAUCAGUAUUUGUUGGCAAUGAUGCUGGCAUCAUUUUGUCUCAAAACUAUCUGUAUAACAAUAAGAAUAUUCCAAUAAUAAAAAUAACCGGCGGAGAAUCUCCUUUUUCUCUCGAAUAUUACAUUAUCCCUUUUGUGACCGUUCUCGCAACCUGCAUAGUUGUACUUCUAUUAUUUAUGUUUGUUCGAUAUCUUCGGGACCGCAGAAGGCAAAGAAGGAACAGAUUGUCGCGAAGACGACUAAAACAAAUACCAACAAAGCAAUUUAAAAAAGGUGAUGAAUACGAUGUUUGCGCAAUUUGUCUCGAUGAUUAUGAAGAAGGAGAUACACUACGAAUAUUACCUUGCCAACAUGCCUACCAUUGCAAGUGCGUUGAUCCCUGGCUUACAAGCAGCAGGAGAGUUUGUCCUCUUUGUAAACGAAGAGUGUUGAGCGAUGAUGAGUCUUCCGAAUCGGAAUCUGAGUAUGAUUCCGAUGAAGAAAGAGCUCCUCUCCUCUCACAAAGUUCUCCUGAUUCCUCUCCCAACUCAUCAAGAAGAGCAACUGGGUUUCGUGCGAACCCUCUAACUUUCACAAACUCAAGUGCUUCCAGUUACAUGGAGGAAACAGACUCUUCAGAUGAGGAUCAUGCCUUGACUCCUCCUGCAUCGUUGUCCACCCUCCAUGGAACGGAUGCAACAUUUGUGAGUCACCCGCACCCGGUGGAUCGAAACGUCUCCUCCCCUGCAGUUGUGAUGCCUACAGAUGUUUCCUCUUCACCAGAAGUUCGAAGUUCACUUGAAGUUUACAGUUGCAUCAGUGGUGAGGAUAGUUUGGCAAGCUCAUUCAGGGACGCUCAUGAUGUUCUGGUAGUGCAACAUGUGACCUAGACCUCUCUUUACUCUUUUGAUCUUGUUAUUGCUACAUGUUCACUUCUUUUUUGGUUGAUUUCCCUCCUAAUUGUUUUGUUUAAGUGUAAUGCUUUUAAUGUACAUAGUUUUAAAUCAAUCCCAGCGCCAGUGAAUCUUGCGACAUGACAUGUGACUUGAAGUGAAUACAUGCUUGGCUUAACCAUGCAUGGAGUGGCUUCACCAUACAUGGAAUGGUUUCACCAUACGUGGUGUGGCUUCAUCAUGUAUGGAAUGCCUUCACCAUGCAUAGAGUGGCUUCACCAUGCAUGAAGUGGCUUCACCAUACUUGAAGUGGCUUCACCAUACUUGAAGUGGCUUCACCAUACUUGAAGUGGCUUCACCAUACUUGAAGUGGCUUCACCAUACGUGGAGUGGCUUUACCAUACUUGGCGUGGCUUUACCAUGCAUGGAGUGGCUUCACCAUUACAUGUGUUUUUAAAUACAAAUUGUCACAUCUAUUGCAACCAUGUUCUAGUUUCCAUUGAUUAUUUUUUCAUUUAAAGUAUAAUUUAUGCGAAAUCUUUCUACAAUGUUUUGUAUAAGUUAUUUUAUUCACUCCUACUAACCACAUCUAAACUAACCCCACUUUAUUUCUUAACUUAUAUUUAAAAUGUCAUUCGAACAAACCAGAAUGUUGUAAUACCUAUAUAGUAGAGUGGGGGAAAACGGUACACCAUUUGGUAGUAAAAAAAUUACAUACAAAGAAUUUUAAAACCGUAUCCUCAUGACUCCCAUAGACCGUUGGUAAUUGUUUAAAACACGAUCAGGAUAUUUGGAUAGUGUCCCGUUUCCCCCCACUCUACUAUAUAUGCUACACUACUCUCUAUUCCGCCCAGGUUACAAAAAUUGUCGUUUAUUCAAUAUUACCAACAUUUUUUUUAUUUUCAUACAAAAUGUGCAACUUGCAUGCAGCGGUUGCGUUUAGUAUGAAACAUCGGGCGAUUUAGUACGAAGGUGGUGCAGGAUGGUCAACUAACUUUGUAUUUUGCGAACGUUUCUUUUAUUCGCCAUUACACCAAUUAAACAUAUCACAUUCGAAAA